GGCGUUGAAUAGGAUGCGGAUAUUGCAGCCGAGAUCGAGCUACGGACGGGAACGAGUCUUUGCCGAAAUCGCUGCGGGGUAGUGACGUGAGAAAUGAUGUGUUGCGGUCGUAAGGUCCGUUUGUAGCGUCGGCACCGUGCCGAUAACUAAGGUGGUGCGGCUGGACUGGCGGGAACGGUGCUACUGAGGGCAACAUCUUGACCUCAAAGCAGUAUUGGCACCGCCUUCUUCCGCCGGGAUUAUAGAUAUAUAUGCAAGAUCAAGGUUGAAAGUCGGAGAAAGAGAGGAGAAAAGAAAGAAAGAGCGAGUUUGAGAGAGAGAGAGAGGGAGGGAGGGAGAGACCGCGACGGAGACGUAUAGAGACUCGGGUUAUCAAGAAUAGGGAAAAGCAAUGCAGGGAUCUCGUCGAGGCGGUUCGGGGCGAUCGAAAUCAGACAGUGAUGGUCGACGGGGUUAUCACUCUCGAUAAAUUAUCAACAAGCAUCCUCCUUGAAACGUUUCCUACACCUCAUCCUGGGCAUGAGCCGGCUCAGUUGACACUCAGCGAAGGCGCCCACCGCUUGACCCUGGGCUCGACAUGAACGCUGAUUGUGGCCGGCAAUGACAGAAGACGCAAGUGCGGGCGCGGCGAAAGUGAUGGAGGAGGAAGAAGAAGAGGAGGAAGAGGAAAGGGAACCGAAUGGAGAGGCUGAGUCCGGGGCGAAGAUACCAUUCACGAAGCCGCUGGAUUCCAGAAGAUCAGAAAGACACGCAGGCGAUCCGCACCGACAACGCUAUUUGCUGCGUGAGAGACAGGUGGGUGAAGAAACGAUGCAAGGGAGGGAAAGGGAUCGAUGAGAGAGAAUCACAGCCCUAGUCAGCUUGCUAGAGCGCCCACACUGACGCAGGUGUCCGCACGACGCGAUCAACCACUAGGCAAUCCUGCGCUUGGCAGAAAUGCUGU